UAAAAAUGGUAGCCAUCCUAAUUCUGAGCUUGGCUCUUUUCUCAGGCGCUUCGUCCGCAUUUAGAUUGGAAGAUGUUGCGAUUGCAUCAAACGGAUCCACCAACGGAACCACUAACGUAACCACUCUGCAUCAAUUCCCCUCCAUUGUGCAAGUGGAGUUCUACAACUCCUGGGGUUGGGGGGCCUGGGAACAAACCUGCGCCGCCUCUAUUCUAAACGAGCUCAACGUGCUGACUGCAGCGAGCUGCUUCUCUGGGCCGAGCUACCCCAAUGUCCAGUACCGUCGCAUCCGCGCUGGAGCCAAUACCCGCAACGCUGGCGGUAUGGUCAUCUACGUGGACCGCGCGACCAACUUCCCGCGCACUAGCGACGGGGUAGUCCACGACAUAUCUGUGGUGCGGCUGCGCAGUCGCAUGUUUUUCGGCACCCUAUCACAGCAAGCGCGCAUCCUGCAGCAGGGCUCAGUCGUCCCGCGAGACUCCGUCUUCAACCAAGUGGGCUGGGGACACAGAAAUGUUACCAACAUAGCGCUGAGCAGUGCUUUCGUCACUUCAUUCUCAGUAGCGACCAACCAGACGUCCAAUACCACGUCCAACCUUAUCACAGCGUACCCAAGCUUCGAAGCCAGGUUCAACGGGGAUGUCGGUGGACCCUGGAUUUGGGGCACCAUUACUGUUGGGGUGAUCCCCGCGAACAACCGGCUGAUGAACAGCACUGCCUUCUCUGCUACCACUGUAUCCGCUUACACCAACUGGAUCGUGAAUGAAGUUACUCUAUGGCGCUGA